GAAAUCUAUAAACAAUCGUUUUCUGUCAAAUGGGAGCUUAGGGGUCUAAAGCACAGUUAGCUUAGCGCUCAUUGAAUACAAUUGAGUUAUGACUUCGAUUAUAUUAGACAUGUGGUGUAAUUACUCAUAUUUGAUUAAGAGCAACUGAGAGUUCGAAUGACAAUUGUAUAGCGAUCAGAAGCAGAAGUUAAGGUCCAGAAAACGAGUAUCAAGUCGACAUUCUUAAACAACGAUAAAUGAAAGACAAAGCAAGAACAUUUUAGGUCUUCACAAUUAAUAACAACAUGUCUUCUAGGAAUGAUACAGUCGAUGAACUCAGUACAAAAUAUAUCAAAUCUCUUCGGGAUCAAUGUAUGAAGAAAGGAAUACAAGGCAUCAAGGGUCUUGGGACAAUCUUCCGGAGUAUGGACAACGACUACACCAGGCGUCUAAACUUAGAUGAAUUCAAGCGAGGUAUGCGUGUUUACGGACUGGACAUUGAUGAUGAAAGCUUGACAAGAAUGUUCAAUAAGUUUGAUAGGGAUGGUAACUCUGUGGUUGAUUUUGAGGAAUUCCUUGCCCAGUUGAGACCCCCUAUGGCGCAGUGCAGGGUGGACGUUGUCAACCAAGCUUUUGAUAAGCUCGAUGUCACAAAGGAUGGCCUUCUCAUGGUGGACGAUCUAACAGGUACCUUCAGCAAGUACGCAGAGCGUCAUCCUAAAUACCAAUCGGGAGAAUGGAGUCAAGAACGGGUCCUCGAGAGCUUCAUCGAAACAUUCGAUACCCCUGGCAACCCCGACGGUAAAGUGACGAGAGACGAGUUUUUGAAUUACUACGCCGGGGUUAGCUCUACCGUGGACGAGGACGAAUAUUUUGAUAUGAUGAUGCGGUCUUGUUGGGGACUACCAAGCAAGAAGAAAAAAUGAUCUCAUAUAUAAUUAGUGUCAUGGUAAUACCUUGUGCCACUUGAGGAUUGAAUAAUGACCCCAAAAUGAAUACGUAUACUUUCUCUGGGGAUUUAUUCCUAUGUGUUUUCAUCCGAUUCUCUGAUCGAAACUUGAAUUUGAUCCAGCUAUUGAAAUUUUGUUAAAUAUUGAAACCUUUUUGUAUCAGUCGCAGCAUUGAUAUCACUUUGGAUCAUCUCAUUUUGGAUGUUUGAGAAUACAUUUUUACGUCUGCAUUGAAACUGCAUUGUUCACGAUUGGAUCUUUUGAUAGAUGUUAAGUUAGCUGAACUGAACUCUCUAACUAUUUCGUAUCAUUUGAACCCUUCUUGCAAAUGGAUUUAUCAUGAAUAAAAGCUGACAGCCACCAUCGGAACAGAUCAAACAUAUUUUCCUGUUUACCUUCAUCAGACUUGAAAGUGCUAUACUGUCGUCUCUUUCUUGUGGUCUGUUUCUACUGUUGUAGAGACCUUGGCCCGCGGGAUCAAUUUAGGUUUGAAAUAUUCUCGAGGACUACUAAGGUCAUCUAAAUAUAUAUAUAUUGAACUCCCAUUGAUCUACUCUCGAAUUUUACAUGUUGUUGUUGAUGCAACACUUCAAAGGUAAGUAUCAAUCCAUCCUGCCUUCUGCAUAUAAUAUGUAUAAAGUGGUAAACAUCUGAGCAAGAGCAUUGAUCGAGUUUGAUCAUCUGGUAUUAAACAUCAACACUGAUCUAUGACGAUUGUCACAACUGUGGAAAUGUGAACACCCUUUAAUGGAAGACAUGCCUUUCAUCAUUAAUCAAAUAUAAACACAAUUACCAGUCUCAACUGUAUUGUUAUAUUCAAACAACACGGAAUUAAAGAAUUAUGAAUCAAAAUAUUUAUCCUUUGGGAUUCAGUUACAUCAGGGAUUUACAUACUUAAUAAAAUACCUAUGGAUAUAACCGUUGGU